AUGCUGAGAUCCACACUAAGGACCAUGGCCCAAAAGAGAACUUACCAACAACGCAACAACUACAACAAUAAUAAUGGGUCCCGUAACCAAUAUUUUGGCGUCAAUAAGAUCAAAUCGACCAAGAAUGAACUGUUUGUAAGAGACUUACCGCCACAAUUCAGAAGUAAUGUAACGCAAUACAAGAAUGCCCUUUCAAAACUCUCAUCUAACAAACCUGAGCAAUCAUGGAUUAACCAAUUCGAUCAUUUUAAAAACUUAUCAAAGAUUGAAUAUUUUGGAGACCAAAGUAAUAAGGCCCAUCUAGAUAUGGUCGAAAAAUAUUUACAAAAAAUUAACAAAUCUUACAGAGAAUGUAACAGAGAAAGUACAUUAAAACUGAAUGCAAAGAUUGAUUCGUUCAAUAAAGACUGGGUUCAAUUACACGGAUCUGUGCCUGAUAUACCCAUUGAAAAGCCAAAAUCAUCUUCUACCAAAGACGUCGACCCUCUAACAUCAGCAUACAUGAUCCAAUUAAAGACUCUCAAGAGGGAACAUCAUCCCAUAGUGUAUGCUGUACCAGGUAGUACCAAUUUUGAUUAUUUAUCCACGGCAAUCAGAUUGAUGAAUAUGCGGAGAACCAUUUGCUUUUCAUUUGAUAUUGAAGCCUUUGAAUUUGAUAACAAUAUUGUGACAGAAAUUGGUAUUUCAAUCUACGAUCCAAGAGAAAAUAAUCAUUCCCUGGUACCACUUACUAGAAAUUAUCAUUUGGUAGUAGCAGAAGCCUUGUCCCUUAGAAAUAAGACAUGGGUUUGCGAUUACAAAGAUUGUUUUCUCCUGGGUGAAAGCUUGGUUCUACCACUGCAGCAAUGUGUAGAAUUUGUUCAAAAUUUAAUUGAUUAUUAUAUGAUCCCACAGGGGAAGGAAGAAUUUAGUUGGUCUAGAGCAUUUGUCGGGCAUAAUAUCAAAGGUGAUAUCAAAUGGUUAAGAAGCAUUGGUAUCAACUUCCCCGCAGAUAAUGAAAUGGAUUUUGAAUUGAGUGCUGAAGAAGGGAAAAAACGCAUUCAUGUCUUGGAUACGAUGAAAUUAUACUCUGCAUGUUAUGGAAGUGACGGUAGUAAUUUGGGUAAAAUAUUACGAUUGUUCCAAAUACCACAUGCAUAUUUACAUAAUGGUGGUAACGAUGCACAUUACACUUUAAAAUUGUUAAUGUUCAUGUGUGAUAUUAAUUUUAGGAAACAAAUGGGGUUGGAUGAUUUGAAUGUCAUGUCCUCACGAAUUCAUGAAUGGAUUAAGAGAGGUAAAUCUGAACCAAAGAUAUUACCUAUGUCAUAUGCCGUGUCCGUUGCAGAUACAAUGAAGAACGUACAAACAAUGGAGAAUGGACCUGAAAAUAAGAAACGUCGCACAAAGAAUAAAGAAUUGGUGAGUCAAACGGAAUUUGGUGGAUCACAAUGGUUUGCAAAAGCGAUCGAUGCCUUUUCCCAUGUCAUGAAAUGA